CCAACUUUUUUUUCGUUUUCUCGUCCCAGCGAAAUUCCUAAUCCUCGGAUUCAAAGCAACGCGCGUCCUCACCCGCGUGACGCCAUGAAUGCGUUACCAAUGUUUUGUUAUUAACUUCGACCUGUCAACAAGGACAUAAGAAGGUUGAGUAAUUUGGCAAUACUUUUGCAACCAAAACAAAAAACGAACUGUUGCUAUUCUUAUUCUUGUGGCAUUGACCUCCGCUUUCCAGUAGGAAAGGAGGAUUUAUCACUGAAGCUGAAGAAGGCUGGAAAAUCGCCAAUAUGAAGGGAGCUGUUUCAUUUGUGUUGUGGCGAAGUUUGUUCGGUUUAGUCUAACGCGUGCUUAUUAUCGAUCGCCUGACACUAAACUAUUGCUAUUCUCCGGAGUCAUGAAUAUUGGCUCGCAAGAAAACAAUGCAAGCCCUUUGGAAGGUUCAGAGGGAAUAAACGCCGAUUAUGCAAACAGCGAAGAGGGAACAAACUUGCCAGUCGAAGGUGGUUGGGGAUGGAUUGUAUGCGCCGGAACUUUCAUUGUAAACUUUAUUGUUUUCGGGAUACACAAUUCUUUUGGAGUGGUCUACGUAAAUUUACUAGAUGAACUUAAGCUUGGAAAAGCAGAAACCGCUUGGAUAGGCGCCAUGGCAAUGGGACUCAACUUUUUGUGCGGACCGCUGACCAGCAUCCUCUGCACUCGGUACUCGUGCCAGGCCACUGCAUUCAUCGGAGCACUAUUGUCGGUGCUAGGUCUUUUUCUGACGUCAUUCGUCCAGGAGCCGCCAAAAAUGUACCUGACUUACGGCCUACUAUUUGGAGUCGGGUCCAGUCUCUCUUUCGUGUCCUCGAUUGUGAUUUUAGGUGAAUACUUUCAGAAGAGACUGGCUCUAGUUAACGGGAUUGCCACUUCCGGUUCCGGUGUGGGAUCUUUAGUGACCGGGCCUGUUAUGAAUUAUUUACUUGCUAAUAUCGGAUGGCAGAACUGCAUGCGUGUGUUGAGUGGGUUCGCAAUGCUCUUAUGGAUAGCGGCGUUUCUCUUCAAACCCAAUAAGCGCCGGGUAAGCACGAGGCCCUCGAAGGAUGCUGGGAAGCUUGUUGAUUUGUCCAUUUGGAGGAACAAGGCAUAUGUCACAUGGGUUAUCACCGUUGCUCUCUUUCAGUUCGGCUAUCUUUUUCCGUUUGUUCACCUGAUCAAAUACGCUGAAGAACUUGGCAUCUCCAAGUCCAAAGGCGCCUGGUUAAUAGGAUUCCUUUCCAUCAUGUCGACCAUUGGCCGAGUUGUGUUCGGGAGGCUAUGCGACUUUCAGCGCGUCAACCGCAUCACCGUCUACCAGCUCUCCGUCUUCGCUAUUGGAGUCAGCACCAUCCUGUGUCCACUGGCCAGUAAUUACGGUGGGCUCAUAGCUUACGCCGUAACGUUCGGGUUCUUUGACGGCUGUUUCGUAGGGCAGGUGGCGGUGAUAACAGCGGAUAUCGUUGGACACGAGAAGCUAUCACAGGGAGUCGGUAACAUGUUUGGAUUUAUAGCCAUCCCCAUGAGCUUUGGGCCGCCUGUUGCAGGGUGGUUAUACGAUGCAUUUGGGUCUUACGACUUGUCUUUCUAUCUCUCUGGGGGAAUAGCUGUGGCAUCAUCAAUACUUGUGUUCCUCGUAUCACGCAUGCUCAAACAUAGGGAACUGCUUCCCUCACAUUUCGAUGGGCGAAGCCUUGUUUCUAUCACGGAAAUGAACGAGAUAAAGCAAGACUGUUCCAGGCCAGGUAGCUCAGGGUACUCGUCACGUGAUAGUCAAAUAGAGAACCAACCGCUGAUGGACACUAAGGGAUCACCCUUGGCUGGGGCAGAGUUGAGAAAACAAUUCCAAAAUCUAGAAAAAGAAACAGUUUUAUGAGAAGAGUCUGAUUAAAA